CUAUUUUGAGUUUCGUACCGUAUGAGCGUAUGUGUUUUGAGUGCAAAUCAUUGAUAAGAUAACUAACAAUGGUUGUUUCCGGUGUUGCUGGUACACUUGAGUUAGUAGUAGAAAUUCGUAGCUCAGCAGACAUGUUUUGGGAAUCUCUUAAAACUUGGUCAGCUAUUUUUCCCGAGGUUUUACCCGACACUUAUAAGAGCAUUGAAGUAAUUGAAGAAAUGAAUGGAGAAAAGAAUGGAUCUGUUACCCUCUGGAAAAUAAAUCCAAGUACACUGGUUGAAGGGGCUCCCGUUAUGAUGGAAGAGAUCAAAAAAAUAGAAAAUCUGGAUGAACUAACCAAGACAAUAAUUUACAGUGUUAUUGGUGGAGAUUUAUUAAAGCUUUACAAAAGUUAUGAACCUCAGCUUAAAGUUACUCCAGGUGAUCAUAAGGUUUUUGACGAAGAAGACGAGAAGGUCGAAAAAAGAGGAGGGACUGUGAAGUGGUCGGUGAAGUAUGAGAAAAUAAAUGAGAUGGUUCCCGAACCUUACAUGAUUAAGGAAAUGAUCUAUAAGACCAUACUCAAAAUGGACGAAUACAUCCUCGCCAAGCAAAAAGAAGUGACAAGUGAUAAGUAAUUGAAAAAGGAUGAGGAAAUAAUUAAUAAAAUCAUGCAUCUUAUAGAUGUUUUAUUUAUGUACUAGUUUAUUGAAAUGAAUGUCGCUAUGCUUUGAGUUUAUGUAUCACCACAAGUAUGUUGUUCUUUUUACUGUUCGAUUUUAAUGUAUUUGGUAUUUGUGUACUCUUGGUUUAUU